AUGGUAGAUCUCACCAUGACGCUGCUCACCUUUCGACCUGCUAAACCUGCGCUCCUCCUCCUCUCUUGCAUCAUCUCAGCAGUUUCAGAAGAUGCAGCGAGGGGGGGGGACAUGAAGACAGUGACUGUCUCCUCCUUCCAUCCUGCCUCCGAUCGUCCACGUCGCUCCCUCCACCAUGACGGGCACGGCUUCUACCCGCAAGACUCCGACAGCCUCCAAGUGCUCGACGAGGUGGUUGACUCCUCCUCCAACAGCUGGCGGGCAGAGGGCAAGGAGGUGGCGCUCAGCAUCGCUCAGGACGUGAUCCGGAUCGGACCGUUCGCUGCGAUCCACCGGUUUAGCACAAGAGCUCACAGGAGAGAGGAGGCAUUCAGAGGAGCUGACGGAGUGCUGGGACUGGCAUACUCGGCGGAACCGAACUCAGCGUCGGUCGACGGGUACGAUGACGCUGCGACGCAGGACGGAGCAGUUUCCUUCCUGGAGGUGGCAGACAGCAGCGGGUACUCGGUCGUUAUCGGAGAGAUCCGGUACGGUCGGCACGUCAUCCUGUCCUCGUCAGCUGGAGCUGGAGCAGGAGGGGUUAACACUCCCCGCGCUACUCAACUGAUCGGCGCCUUCGACACGGGCAGCUCCUGCCUUGAACUGCCGGACUCUGCGGUUGCGGGACUCUCUGUAUGGCAGGAGGAGGGAGAGACGGAGGAGGAGGAAGGAAAGGCGGUCGGGGGCGAGGGCGGUCGGGAGAGGACGAUGCUAGUGCGAGGAAGAUGCUAG